AUGUCGAUGUUAGAUACACUUCCUGUUGUUCAACAAUACAUCGUAUGGUAUGGUUGGCCAAUAUGGCUAGCUUUCGGACCCAUUGGAUGUUUACUUAAUAUUUUACUCUUUUCUCGCAAACAAUUUCGAAAGACAUCGUGCUGUUUGUAUUUUCUGGUCGCAUCUGUAGCAAUGCUUAUAGCUUUAUGCAUAGGUAUCAUACCACUUAUAUAUGCAUUUAAUCAUCCAAAUCCAUACAAUACUAUAUCGAGUUUUUGCAAAGCCCGCAAUUAUCUUCUCUCAAUGAGUGCAAUGACGUACCGUUGGCUGAUGGUAGGCGCAUGUUUCGACCGCUAUAUUCACACCCUGGCCCAUGGAAAUUUACGACGAUUCACAAGUGUACGAAUCGCACUUCGUAUUAUAGCAGUCAUUAUCAUCAUUUGGCUAAUUUUACCAUUCUAUCAAAUACCUUGGACCGAAGUACAAAUGAAUGUGUGCAUAUUUUCCAUUCCAGCUGUGGGGAUCUAUCAUAGCUUUUUAACGAUCAUUUGUGGUGGCCUUCUUCCACCCUUGUGCAUGCUGAUAUUCACUCUACUCAUUCGGCACAAUCUUGCUGUUAACGGGUUUCGUCUACGUCAAUAUCGAAAUCAAGUACAACAACGAAAUGAACAACAAGACAACAAUAUUCUUCGUUCACGUGAUCAUCAAGCCAUUCUUAUGCUAUUUAUUCAAAUAUUUGUUUACAUCAUCAGCAACUUACCUUGGACAAUUGGGUUAGUGUACACUGCUUUGACACGAUAUAUGGCCAAGUCAACUUAUCAGCUAGUCAUGGAAACAUUUCUGAAAUUCUUAGCCGAAUAUAUCUGGCGAGAAUUUAAGAAAAUAGUCAGAUCUGUCAUGACUUAUCGAGCCGAGAAUCCGACAAUCACUCGACGCAUCGCACCACAAACGUAG